GAGUGCCAUCUUCAUUGUACUCUCUUCGGUCCUUCCAUCUCCUCUCGCUUCACCCUCACUCCAUUCCCAUACCCCUUCUUCAACCAGGCUCCGUCCAGGGAAAUUCGCACUCUCAAAAUGAGAUUCUCAAUCCCCCUUCUCCUUUCGGUCUCUUCCCUUGCCUUCGCUCUUCCAGUUGCAGAAUCGGAAGUCAAUACAGCAACAGAAUCCCAAGUAACAACCACUGAGCACCUUGCUACAACCGCACACUUCUUUGAAAAAGCUGCUGCCGUUGUAACUACAGAGAAUGGCUUGACUACUGAUGCUUGCAAGCCCGUUAUUGUGAUUUUCGCAAGGGGUACUAAUGAAGAGGGAAAUGUCGGCCAAGACGUCGGACCCUACGUCUUCACCGACUUGAGAGCUGCACUUACAACUGCCAAAGUUACAGUGCAGGGUGUUGAAUAUUCGGCCAGUGUAUUGGGCUACCUCGUCGGUGGCGACUCAGCCGGCUCCACCUCCAUGGCCAACCUCACCAACUACGCUUCCACCAAAUGUCCCUCCGCCAAACUUGUCUUAUCCGGUUACUCCCAAGGCGCUCAACUCGUCCACAAUGCUGCUAAGACUCUCUCUGCAGCUGUAACGGCCAAGAUUGCCGCAGUGGUCAUGUUUGGCGACCCAGACUACGGCCAGGCUGUGGGAACAGUACCAAGCAGUAAGGUGUUGAGUAUUUGCCAUGACCAGGAUAUUAUCUGUACCGGAAGUGGAGGAUUUACUACACAUUUGACAUACUCGGAUGAUGCACCCACCGCAAGCGCAUUUAUUGUCAAGGCUGUGGGGUCUGUUUAGAGGAUUUCUUUCUUGAAAAGGAAAGAAAGAAAGAAAGAAAGAAAAAAGGGUUGGGAAUGGUUUGACAAGACUGGGUGAAAGGAGUUGUUGUCAUUCGGGACCUCGUUUAUCGAGUCUUCGAGAGGAGUUCUGUAUGUAGCAUCUCAUGAGAUCAAUCAAACAUGAACGAAAAAUACAGUUUAAGUUUUUGUGGAUUGCUUGUAUUGCAAGUGUAGACGUGCUUUGACAAAUGAAUGUUAAGUGCUUGUGCUA